CGAUAGGUUGCUUUCAUUCAUCUCAAGUGCUCUUUCUCUCGCCCGUUUACUCCUUGGUAUCCCACCGUGCCGCCCUUGUGGUACCAGGCAGCGAGUCGGUUCGCAGGUCGAACCUUGCGUGACGUUACAGUGCCAUGACGUGCGGGGACAUCUCAGCAGCAGGCCCUGGGAUGAUCACUUUCACCGUUUGUCUUGGGUUGCGACGCAGCAACGCAGCAUUGCAGCAGGUAGCUGUCUGCAAGGCAGGGACACAUAUAUAGCUCCCGCCGGCCUCUCUAAGAACAGCCCGCUUGCCGAUCCGCUUGUUUUAGCUUCGAGCUCUACACAUUCUCUCGUUGGAACUCCUCCCGGCAGUGCUUGCCAGCACGUGAAAGCCGUGUACAUCACAGGAACUCGAGCUCGGCCGAUUCUCGCUUCCUGUGCCGACACCAAGCUAUGAGUUCACCACUCAAACACGAUCACCAUGUCGGGGAGGACAGGCACGUCGUACGGGACGAUGCUUCGGGUGAAGAAGUAGGAGUGGUUAAACAGCAGGAAGUCUACGCUUUCGAUGAGUCGCGCAAGAUUGGUGUUACCGGCGCGGUCUUCCUCAUCCUAAACAAGAUGAUCGGUACCGGUAUCUUCUCAACUCCCUCCGGUAUCUUCCAGUCGACUGGCUCCGUCGGCGUCGCUCUCAUGCUAUGGGUCAUCGGCGGUGUCCUGACCUUCUGCGGUAUGAGCGUCUUCCUCGAAUUCGGCCUCGCCAUCCCUCGAUCCGGCGGCGAAAAGAACUACCUCGAGCGCGCCUACAAGCAUCCCAAAUACCUAGCGACCUGCGUGCUCGCUUCGCAGAUGAUCUUACUCGGCUUCUCAUCCGGAAACUCCCUUGCCUUCGGCCGGUACAUCUUAUUCGCGUCGGGAUCCGAGUCCCCAGAUGGUUGGACUGCCCGUGGCAUUGGUAUUGCCGGCGCCACCUUCGCUGUUGGCAUUCACGCUAUUACACCCAAAUGGGGCAUUCGGCUUUUCAACGUCCUGGGCGUCUUCAAGGUCAUCGUCCUGCUAUUCAUCGUCUUUUCUGGGUUUGCUGCUCUGGCUGGCCGACGUCGCGUGCCAAACCCUCACAACUUUGACAAUGCUUUCCGAAUCGAAGAGGGAGAAGGCUACGGUAACGGUGGUGUUUAUGGAUACGCGACAGCUCUGCUUCGUAUCAUCUACAGUUACAAAGGCUGGGAGAAUGCCAACUAUGUCGUGGGGGAGUUGAAGAACCCGCGCAAGACCCUGGCUAUUGCUGCGCCCCUAGCCAUCGGCGGCGUGACAAUUCUUUACGUCCUUGCCAAUGUCGCUUACUUUGCCGCUAUCCCCAAAACCGAGCUCGCUACGUCUGAAGUCAUUGUCGCAGGUGUCUUCUUCCGCAACGUCUUUGGCAACAGUGCCGGUGCCAGAGCUCUUCCAGCAUUCGUCGCCAUCAGCAACUUGGGAAAUGUGCUUGCCGUAAGUUUUGCACAUGCUCGCCUGAACCAAGAGUUGGCAAAGGAAGGCCUCUUGCCGUUCAGCACAUUCUGGGCAUCCAACAAGCCAUUCAAUGCUCCAGCCGCAGCCCUUUUCCUCCAUUGGAUCGUUACUGUCAUUGUUCUUGUCGCACCUCCUGCGGGACCUGCUUAUAAUUUCAUUACAGAUCUUUACACGUAUCCCGGCGCAUGGAUCAAUGCAUUUGUUGGGAUUGGUCUUCUUUACCUCCAAUGGAACAAGAGAGAGAACUGGACAUCACCAUGGCACACAUACUUCCCCAUCACUAUCCUCUACGUCCUGGCCAACGUGUUCCUCUGCAUCGUUCCCUUCAUCCCGCCCACUGGAUCGUGGACCGCGGAAGGGUACCCUUACUACGUCUUCCCAAUUGUUGGCGUAGGCGUGCUCCUUCUUGGUGGUGUGUACUGGGGUUUCUGGACCAAGAUCUUCCCCGCCAUAGGUGGCUAUAAGGUCGUGGCCGAGAGGACGUAUGACGAGGAGGGUCACGAGGUUAUUCGAUACCGUAAGGUCAGCACGAAGCACAGCCACUCAGGGCCGAUCGAUUGAGACCUCGGACCAUGGAUAGCCGCCAUGGUUGGCUGAAGCCGCUGUUUACAUAGCAUUCUAUUGUUACCAGCAUAUGCCCAAAUAGGUACCCGUCGGAAAGCUCGAAACCUUAGUUGGUCGCAGUCACAUUGAUGGUAUAUCUUGGGGGCAGCAUAAGAGUGUCCUGAUUGAAUGCAUAUGCACAUAAACGUAGUAGCUUGGACCAUGGUAUUCGAAACAUGGCAACGGAGCUCGGCAACUACACAUGGACAUCAUGGCUUUAUUCAAAUUUAUGUGGAAAGUGUAUGGUAUUGACACCAAGGAGA